AUGUCUUAUCAGGCAAGCAUGCCUUUUCCAUCUCAGAGCAGGAGUCAGGUGUUUGAAGAAACUGGAUUUGAUAUAAAAGAUUAUAUCUGCAAAGAAGAAUACAUUGAGCUGCGAAUUAAUGAUCAGGUAGCACGGCUGUACAUCGUUCCAGGAAUUCCAAAGAACACACAAUUCAACCCCAAAACUAGAAGGGAAAUUCGGAACAUUGAAUGGUUUUCCAUCAACAAAUUACCACGCCACAGAAAUGACCCCGAAGUCAAGUCCAAGCUAGGUUUGGCACCUAACAAAUUUUUUAUGGCCAUUCCUUUCAUCAGGCCCUUGAGGGAAUGGCUUUCUCGAAGAAAUGGAGAUUCCUCAGAUAGUGACAAUGGAUUUUCAUCUACUGGGAACACACCCUCUAAGCCCAACAUGGAAAAAACAAGAUCUGGACUUUGCUAUAGUCAGCAGGUGUUUAUAGAUGACUUUUCAGGAGAGCAGUGGUUGAAGCCAAAACAGCCACAGAUGGCAUAUAAUCAUCCCGACACAUUUGAAGCUUUAAAAAUAAAGAGUCAGAACUUAAGGAGCAAUGGCAGAAAGCAAUAUCAAGACACUCCCAGCCAAAAGAAGAGAACAAAUGAAGUCCACAGUCAACCAGCUAAGCAAAACCAUGCCUUGAAAUGUGAAAAAAGGCUUAAUCCAAGAAGACUUCAAGAUAACUUUGAAACAGAUGCAGCAUAUAAGAUGUGGCGCUCCAGUGAAGACCCACUGCUAGAACAUGUAGAGGGACGCUCUGUGGCAUGCAAUGGCCAUUACAAAUUUGCUUUCUCAUCAAGAGCUUUCUUGAGCUUCAAGUUUGACCAUGAUGCUAUAAUGAAAAGUUUUAACCUCUGA